UUAUUGAUGAUCGAGUGUCAAGUCCAUUCUAGAGCUGAUUUUAUUGAGUACUAUAGUUUUCUCGCUAAAUAUUCGAAUUAAGAACAUUUAAAAAUGACCUCCAUCCUGCAGCGGGCUGCCAUCUCCUACCUCAGGAAUAAUGCUCGUUCUUCCCAUGCAGCUACAGCUGGUGGACAUGGAGGCGGAUGGCAACUGUGGAAGCGGCUGUCUUUCUUCGUAGCAUUCCCCGCAGUGGGUCUUGGUAUGCUGAAUGCAUACCUGGCACAUCAGGAGGAGCAUCAUGAGCCACCACCAUUUGUUGCCUAUGAACACUUGCGUGUUCGUACUAAGCGUUUUCCUUGGGGUGAAGGUCAGAAAACUUUCUUCCACAACCCCCAUGUCAAUGCCCUUCCCAGCGGUUAUGAACAUUAAUGGACAACAUCACUAAUUAUUGUAAUUUGUCUAUGCUUUUGUUAGUGUAUGUGCAGGCGCGCGCCUCUAGACUACAAAUUAUAUUGUGAUAAGUAAUAAAAUAAAUUAAAAGUUAAUGUA